CAGGUCUAAAUAAUCGAAACAAAUUUUUACUUUUUAUUUGUUAGCUAACUUUGUUGUCAUAAAAGUUUACGACUGACGUGGUGGAGAUCUACAGUGUACACUGACUACACUUAGAGUCUUACUCUAACACAUUGCAACAAUGUCUGAGUCUGAUGAUGAAACAGCUUUUGCCAGUGCAGACGAAGGAGAUGACAAGAAAUCAAAAGACACUUUAAGCCCAAAAAGUAAAGAAAUGAAAAGUUCAGAAACUGAACAAAAGAAGGAGAUUGAGAAGAAAGAUACUGGACAGAAGCAACAAAAACAAGCCCCUAAAAACAAGAAGAAAGGUAAGGGAAGUAAUCAAACUAACGCAAAAGAAGCAAGGCCAGCCACGAAAUCAUCACCAAGUCAGAGUGUAGCAACCUCUCCUAAACCUGAUGUUGCCAGUAGUUCAAAUCCAGAUAUUUCUGAAGCAAAGAAAGAGAGCUCACCCAAGCCAGUGGGCACAAAGGAAAAUAAAGACUUGAAAGUUGGGGAAAAAACUGUUGUAGAGUCUCCCACACCUGAAGAAAGUAGGUCAAGAGCUAGGAAUUCUCUGCCACCUGAAUCUAAGGUAGAUCCAGAGACUGAUAAAUCUGAAAAAACUUCAAGCAACAUCACAGCACAAAAAGAACCAAAAGAUGCUGGUGCAUCAGAGAAGACAACAGCUACACAAGUGAAAGCUGAGUCCAGGCCCAACACAGAGACACAGAGUCAUGAUGUGGUGAAGACACCAGAGAAACAGGACAUACCCAGAGGUCAGGUGGACAGAAGUCAACAGCAGGAACAAAUUCUUCAGAAUUUGGGAACCACUGCAGAAAAGAGUUCUCGAGGUGGCUGGGGCUGGUCAAGCUGGGGAUCUACCAUUUUGUCGGCAGCCACAAAUUCUGUUCAGACAUUCACACAUCAAGUUGGUGAUGGCCUGUCCACUAUUAUUGACUCUGUGGAGUCAUCUCUUGGAAUACCUGACCCUGAAGACUUGGCUAAAGAUAAGAGUGCUACAGAAGCGGGACAGUCACCAGAAGAUACUACAUCUGCUAUCACAUCACAGCCAGAGGAAACUGUCGCUGUGGAAAGUGAGAAUGUGAAGACCCAGGAGACUGACCAGACCAUAGACAAGGAGUCUGAGAGUACUCAAGAAGAAGAGAAAAAAGACAAAAACAAUGGAGGUGGAUGGUUCUCAAAUUGGGGUGUGUCUGAUCUAGCCAAGAAAGUAACAGAUACUGGAAAAUCUUUAGCUUCAAAAGGACAAACACUAAUGUCAGAAGGCUUUGAUGCUGUUGAAAAUCUGGCAGCUGGUGGCAUUGAUGUCUUGGAGACGAUAGGCAAGAAAACCUACAACACUCUUUCUGAACAUGAUCCUGCUUUUCGCAAAACCAGAGACUUCCUGAGCCCAAAGUCCAAUAAGCCCAACUUAUCUAGUGUUCUUAGGGAGGCCAAGGACAGAGCUGAACAAGAGGCAGAGAAGGUCAAGGAGAAUGAAGAGGCAAUGAAAGCUCAUUUUGGAACUCUCUUUGAUGACAAUCAAGGCUUGGCUCACUUGGAAGCUUUGGAGAUGCUGUCCAAUCAAAGUGAAAAGAAAGUGCACUCCCUUCUCAACUCUUUAUCAUCCAAAGAUCUAGCAGAGAUUAAACCUUUGCUGAUAUCUAUCAAGGAAACAUUCUCUGUGCAAGAGGAGGAUGAAUCAGCUGCAGAUACUGAUCAGGAUGUGAGUGGACUUGUAAGUCAGUGUCUGGCCCAACUCAAACUUGGCACUGCAUCAGAUAAACUGAACACAGUACUGGAGAUGGUCAGGCAGUGGAUAGCAGAUACUCAGGAGAACCAGGAGAAAGAUUCUAUCAAGGAUGUUCAUCAAAAAAGUAUCCAGGCUCUUGCAGAACUGACUGCUAAAGGAGUGGAACAAUUUCACAAAGCAGGGGAACUAAUCCUACUAGAGAAAAACAAAGAAAAUGAUUUCAUUGAGAAAUCACAAAGUCUUGCCAGAUUGACAAGUGUGUUGUGCCAUGAAAUUGGUAACCUGGCAACUAGAUUUGUUGCAUGUCUGAAUAAGAUGGCAGAAAAGCAAGAGAACCCUGACGAGAUUACCCAGUUUGUGACAAAUAUUUAUCUGGAGGCCACCAAUAGCAGUACCUAUAUACAAGAUGCUUUUGUCCUUCUGCUCCCAGUGGUGCAACAUGCAGCCAUUGAGCAUUCUGUUCUCUUCAGGGAAUCAUGACCUUGACAUUGCAUGCUGGUUGGGUUGAUUGUACAUAGGGUGUGUGUAUACAACAAGUAUAUAUUCUUUCAGAAGUGAUCAGGUCAUGUCAGAUGUAACCUCUGGCUCUUCUCACUUGCUUGCAUAUUGAUUUUCAUUGAAUAACUACAUAGUUUGGUUGUUUAGUUUUUUAGCCAUGAUAAAUGAUGACAGCUAAAACAUAUGAAAUAGACUUGGAAAAAAAAAGUAUGUAUUUAUAUGUUCUUUCACUGAAAUACACAGGUAUCAUUUGUUAAUAGUAUUUAACAAAAGAAAAAAACAAACAUGUGAUAGUCAUGUAUUAGUAGUUGGUGCUAUAUUUGUAUACUUUUAUGUUGUGUUGGACCUAUGCUGUGAAAAUUUUUUUUUUUUUUUAAUUGAGAUGGCAUUAUUUAUCAACUUAUAUAUCUAAGUUGAGUUGAAUCGAAAUGUUUUAUUUUAAUGUUUUUAGUUUUGGGUCAUAUACAAAAAAUGAUUAGCACUAUACUAACUAAAUCACUGUAUAAACUUCAAAUAUAUUUUCAUUUCUUCAUGCAUUUAUUUUAUGACAUUUUUUUGUUGUUGUAUAUAACAGUUUUAAUUUUCUAGAGGGAAAUGGUGAAAGUGAAGAAACAGAUGUAAUUGUCACUUUCUGAGAAUAAAAACAAAAAAAGAGACACAUUUUAUUUGAGUUUUGGAAAGGCUGUCUACUAACUAAGAAUCUAAACCAUACACUCACAGUUUGAGAUGAAAGACAUGUCUUAAAAUGAAAAAUAAUUGAUAAUAUCAGGAUAUUAAAAUAUUAUGCUCUGUUUAGCAUUUUGUGUAAUCUCAAAAUUCAUGUUAUUCUAUACCCCCCCCCCCCUUUUCCAGUUAAAUAUAUACAUUUCUUAUAUAUUAAAUUAUAUAGUUAUUAUUCUCUUGGAGUUAGUUGGCUUAAGGUUUCCAUCUGAUAGACUUAUUAGCUGUAGGCAGCCUUUAUUUGUGAUGCAGACUUUAAAAAAAACAACUAUAGUUCAGUCCAUAUGACUUUGUAUUUAUGUAAUAUUGUUUUUCUCAUAUAAAUGUUAUAUCAGUCAUAUUGUUUUUCUUAUGUUUAAAUAGUCAUCGUUUGUAGAUGUUCCAGAGUCUUUGCUUGUUGGGUUCUUAAAAUACAUUUUUUUGACAUGUUCAACAUACAAAAUGUUGAUUGUUAGGUCAGUGAUUUAAUUCCUAAGAUUUUAUUGUGCAGCAGAUUUUAAUUUCUGAAUAUUUGUAAAGCAAAAAAAGUACAAAAAAAAAAGUAUAAAAAUAAAAUGUGAUAAGAUCUUUUAAA